UUUUUUUUUUUUCUCAAUAAUAUAUCAUGUUUCGUCAUCGUAUCAAGUCACCCAUUACUGAAGAUUCCUCUUUUCAGUCCGGCAAAGCAUCUAUUAUUGGGAUGCGAGAAAGUUCAUCCUUAGAACAACAACAUGACAUUGAUUAUACCAACAAACCACCUGCACCUGAUUAUACCAACAAACCAGCUGCACCUCCUCCUCCUCCUUUAAAACGCGUACCUACUUCUACAUCAUCGACUGAGCCAUUGACGAUAGAAUCCAUGUCAGCUGUGAUUGCUGCUGCUGUACAAAUGUCGGCCAACCAAGGUGUCAAGUCAUCCUUAUCCAUGGGUCAUGCUUCCAUCAAGCCCAUCGACAAGAAGAAAAAAGAAGACGAGCAAUCAAAGCGACGGUUUUCAUUAUUUACUUGGAAAAAACAACAGGAAGAAGAAUCUCAAGAGGAAGCAUCCGUCUCUUCAUCCUCCUCCCUUUCCUCUCCUCGAUCAUCGUCUUCUCAAGUGGAUGAUGGUUUGGAUGAAUUAUCCUAUCGUGGAAUUCAAAUCAAGGAAAUCAAAACUACCUUGAAACCUAUGGUCAUCCCUGCCAAUGUCACUAAUCCUAUGCCUACCGUCAAAUUGGAACGUCCUGGUUUUGCUAGAAUCAAUUAUUGAUUAACAUUUAUUUAUUUAUUUAUUUAUACCUUUCUCUUUUUAUUUCCCUUUUUUUGUCAUUUUAUAUAUCAUCCCACCCCUUUUGUAUACAAUUCCCUUGUACCAUAUCUAUAAAUGUCUCCUAUGAUUAAUAAACACUUUGAUGCUCUUUUUUUUUUAAAAAGCUUUUCAAUAUCAAAAGAUAUACAUGUGGAC